AUGGCUCCUUACAUGAUCGAAGUGACUAUGCUUGAUUACGAAAAACUACCUCAUUACUUCAUUCCAGUACCACCGGAUAUUCAAACUGAGCCUCCAUCAAUAGGAGAGUUUGUGCAAUGGAUUCAUCAGUCAAAACCAACGAAGUGGGAUAUGAUGGAAGCCGAAUAUUUCUCGAGGGGUCCUCCAUUUUCCUGGAACUCCAUCAUUUUCAGUACAAGUUAUCGUGCCAUAUCAAGCAAAUUGGUAGUAUGGACUUUGAGUGACGGUAAUAAUUCAUACAGGUCUCAGAGAGUUUUGGCGUAUUCUACUUACCACGGUUAUGCUUGGGAACUGGGAAUGAUGGAUGGUGGUGGGGGUUUCUUGUUGGGAGGAGUAGAGGGGCCAAGCGAAAAGAGCAGAUCUGUCGAUGUCAGAUACGAGGUGGCACUUUUAACACCAGCAAUAUUGUUGACAAUCAUGUCUCUUGAGAACGACGGAGCAAUAUGGAGGACAACAACUCUGAAUGCCAUAUACAAAUUGCACGUCAGAUCGUAG